UGCCGGAUGGGGAGACACUCGCGCACGGAGACGGACUCGGACACGGACUCGGACACGGAGAGACGCAGCACGGCCGGUCCUCAGCGACAUCCGAGGCGGCGCUGAGUGACGACGACGACGCCCGCCGGAACAUGUCGAGUCGUCGGCGUAUCUUUUAGCCACAAACGCCCGCCCUCACCAUCGCCUCGCCCGGCGAAAGUGACAUCGAUCACCGCCCCCUCGGAAGCCAGGAAGGUCGGAUGGAAGACGGCUAGAGAUCUCGGUGUCACCGCCGUGGAUCGUCCGCGUUCUUCUUCUUUUUAUCGGUCACAAUAACAUCCAACUUUUGGGGCUCUUUCCAGCGUAUCGUGGUGCGCCACGACUCGGACUAACCAAGCGGCUGCCUCGGAGGCCAUCUCUGCCAUGGAAGCAGGGGAGCCUCUGAGGACCACUUUUGUCCUUUUUUGCCGAUUUUAAGUCCCAAUUUGGAUCCAAAUGCCUCUGUAGCGCUGCUAUUUCGGGCAGGUUUGCGUGCGCCGUGCGUCACGCUGCCACCAAUAAACGGAAAGACUCCGAAGCGGGCGUGCGUGUGCUAAUCUUCGGCUACAAGGAGAAGGAAGGUAAGGGUGGUGGUCGUCGGGGAGCACGGAGGGCGACGAGGGGCCGCUCGAAGCUUCUUUUUGUUCUUUCCCCGAGCAAUAUGGCUGGUGAGUGGGGCUGGGGACGCUGGCACAGGCUCUCCAAGGCUCCUCCAUGCUAGCCGAGGCGGAUGGCACCGUCCCCCAUGGCAGCGACAGCUCUAUGAGGACAAGCAAUAGCAACCCUCACCCCAAAGCGGACUCCUCGAUCCUCAUCUCCAAGAUGGAAGACGUCGUCAUUCCCUUCUCGUCCGAGGUGCCCUGCGACAAUAAUGGGCAGCGCAUGUGGUGGGCAUUCCUCGCCUCCUCCAUGGUGACCUUCUUCGGGGGGCUCUUCAUCAUCCUGCUGUGGAGGACCCUCAAGUACCUGUGGACUGUUUGCUGCCACUGCAACAUUAAAAACAAGGAGGCUCAAAAAGUGAACAACCCUGCCAACAACCAGGCAGCGGACAGACCAAAGGGUCCUGAUGAAAAGGAGGAGGCGCCGGCCAGCGAGGUGGGGUGGAUGACUUCGGUCAAAGACUGGGCCGGCGUCAUGAUCUCGGCUCAGACGCUCACCGGCCGAGUGCUGGUGGUGUUAGUAUUUGCACUCAGCAUCGGAGCGCUUGGAAUAUAUUUUAUAGACUCCUCAGACCCGAUAGAAUCCUGCCAGAACUUCUACAAAGACUUCACGUUACAGAUCGACAUGGCCUUCAAUGUCUUCUUCCUGCUUUAUUUCGGUCUGCGGUUCAUAGCCGCCAACGACAAGCUGUGGUUCUGGCUGGAGGUCAACUCGGUGGUGGACUUCUUCACCGUCCCGCCCGUCUUUGUGUCCGUCUACCUGAACAGAAGCUGGCUGGGCUUGAGAUUCCUCCGAGCGCUGAGAUUGAUACAGUUCUCGGAAAUCUUGCAGUUUUUGAAUAUCUUGAAAACAAGCAAUUCCAUCAAGCUGGUGAACCUGUGUUCCAUCUUCAUCAGCACAUGGCUCACCGCCGCCGGAUUCAUACAUUUGGUGGAAAACUCAGGGGAUCCUUGGGAAAACUUCCAAAACUCCCAGUCGCUUUCCUACUGGGAAUGCGUGUACUUGCUGAUGGUGACCAUGUCCACGGUGGGCUACGGGGACGUCUAUGCAAAAACCACCUUGGGCCGCCUCUUCAUGGUCUUCUUCAUCCUCGGUGGUUUGGCCAUGUUUGCCAGCUACGUCCCUGAAAUCAUAGAGUUAAUAGGAAACCGCAAGAAAUACGGUGGUUCCUAUAGUGCGGUUAAUGGGAGAAAGCAUAUUGUGGUCUGUGGUCAUAUUACCCUCGAAAGUGUCUCCAACUUCCUCAAAGACUUCCUACACAAGGACAGGGAUGAUGUCAAUGUAGAAAUUGUUUUUCUCCAUAAUAUUUCCCCUAAUCUUGAGCUGGAAGCCUUGUUCAAACGCCAUUUCACACAAGUCGAGUUCUACCAGGGAUCCGUGCUCAACCCUCACGACCUGGCCCGAGUCAAGAUCGAGUCAGCAGAUGCUUGCCUCAUCCUGGCCAAUAAAUACUGUGCAGAUCCCGAUGCUGAAGACGCCUCCAACAUCAUGAGGGUCAUCUCCAUCAAGAACUACCAUCCCAAGAUCAGGAUAAUAACGCAGAUGCUUCAGUAUCACAAUAAGGCCCAUCUGCUGAACAUUCCAAGCUGGAACUGGAAGGAGGGCGACGACGCCAUCUGUCUGGCCGAGCUGAAGGCGGGCUUCAUCGCCCAGAGCUGCCUGGCCCAGGGCCUGUCCACCAUGCUGGCCAACCUCUUCUCCAUGAGGUCCUUCAUUGAGAUCGAGGAGGACACCUGGCAGAAGUAUUACCUUGAAGGAGUGGCUAAUGAGAUGUACACAGAGUAUUUGUCCAGUGCCUUUGUGGGCCUCUCCUUCCCCACCGUGUGCGAGCUGUGUUAUGUCAAGCUGAAGCUGUUGCUCAUUGCCAUCGAGUACAAGUCCGAGCAAAGAGAGAGCAGAAGCCGAAAGCGCAUCCUCAUCAACCCGGGCAACCACGUCAAGAUGCAGGAAGGGACGCUGGGAUUUUUUAUCGCCAGCGACGCCAAGGAAGUGAAGAGAGCUUUUUUCUACUGCAAAGCUUGUCACGACGACAUCACCGACCCCAAGCGGAUCAAGAAGUGCGGCUGCAAACGACCCAAGAUGUCCGUCUACAAACGAAUGAAACUGGCAUGUUGUUUUGAUUGCGGCCGUUCAGAGCGAGACUGCUCUUGCAUGUCAGGCAGUGUACAUAGUAACAUGGACACCCUUCAGAGGGCCUACCCACUUUCCUCUGUCUCUGUUCAUGAUUGCGCAACCACUUUACGUGCCUCCAAAUAUAAAUAUAACGGAUAUGUCAGAUCACCAGCAGAUGGCGCUACAACACCAGGGAACAGUGGAAGCCAGAAAGAGACUGGUGUUCGAUUCAAAGCCGAUUGCAAUUUAGUAAUGGAUGACGUUAGACCGUCUUUUCAAAACCGCUCCGUUAAAACCACCAGAUGCACCUCCAUCACCUCAAACGCUUGCUCGCCCAACGCCCUGCAAAGCAACCAGGAGGCCCCGCUUAAGCCCGGCGCCAUCAACAUCCCCCUCGUUAAUAACCGUAAAGGAAGCCUGCUUCCCACGGGGCCGGGGCCGGGUCCUGCGGCUCGCCAUUCCAAACUGCGCCUCAGUAUCUCGGUCCCAGAAGACGCCAGAUCCUUGGCUGAGAGCCGGCUGCACCGGGCCCGCAGUCUGCCGGUGAAAUACCGCUACCACCCCAGUAAUGCCAUGCUGCACGGUCAAAGCAGCCGCUUCGAAGACGAGCAUCCGUCCACGCUCUCGCCCAAAAAAAAGCAGCGCAACGGAGGGAUGCGGAACUCGCCCAACUGCUCGCCCAAAAUGAUGAGUAGACACGACCCCCUUCUAAUACCUGGUAAUGAACAAAUCGAAAACAUGGACAUGAAUGUGAAGAGGUAUGACUCUACUGGAAUGUUUCACUGGUGCCCGUCAAAAGACAUCGAAAAAGUUAUCCUGACGCGGAGUGAAGCCUCCAUGACGGUGCUGAGCGGCCAUGUGGUGGUCUGUAUAUUUGGGGAUGUCACGUCCGCUUUAGUGGGGCUGCGAAACUUGGUGAUGCCUUUAAGAGCCAGCAACUUCCACUUUCAUGAACUCAAGCCCAUUGUUUUCGUGGGCUCGCUGGACUAUUUGCGGCGGGAAUGGGAGACGCUACACAACUUUCCCAAGGUCUCCAUCUUACCCGGUACACCAUUAAGUCGGGCAGAUUUAAGGGCUGUCAACAUCAACCUCUGCGACAUGUGCGUAAUACUGUCAGCCAAUCAGAACAAUAUCGAGGAUGCCUCACUGCAGGAUAAGGAAUGCAUCUUGGCAUCGCUCAACAUCAAGUCUAUGCAGUUUGAUGACAGCAUCGGAGUCUUGCAGGCAAAUUCCCAAGGUUUCACGCCUCCUGGAAUGGACAGGUCAUCUCCAGACAGCAGUCCAGUACAUGGCUUCGUGCGCCAGGCUUCCGUCACCACCGGAUCCAACAUCCCCAUCAUCACGGAAUUAGACAAACCGGGCAAACCGCCGCCAUCGGUUUCACUCAGUCAGGAAAAAAAAAGCGGGACCAACAUACAAAUGAUAACCGAGCUGGUAAACGACUCCAAUGUUCAGUUCCUGGACCAAGACGACGACGACGACCCGGACACGGAGCUGUACCUCACGCAGCCCUUCGCCUGUGGCACCGCCUUCGCCGUCAGCGUCCUUGACUCCCUGAUGAGCGCCACGUACUUCAACGACAACAUCCUCACCCUGAUCCGGACGCUGGUGACGGGAGGCGCCACGCCGGAGCUGGAGGCUCUGCUGGCCGAGGAGAACGCCCUGCGAGGAGGCUACAGCACGCCGCAAACGCUGGCCAACAGAGACAGGUGUCGCGUGGCCCAGCUGGCCCUCUACGACGGACCCUUCGCCGACUUGGGGGACGGGGGCUGCUACGGGGAUUUGUUCUGUAAGGCCCUGAAGACGUACAACAUGCUGUGCUUUGGGAUCUACAGAUUGAGGGACGCUCAUCUCAGUACGCCAAGUCCGUGUACUAAACGAUACGUGAUCACCAACCCGCCGUACGAGUUCGAGCUGGUGCCCACGGACUUGAUCUUCUGCCUCAUGCAGUUCGACCACAACGCGGGCCAGUCCCGGACCAGCUUGUCCCACUCGUCCCACUCCUCUCAUUCCUCCAGCAAAAAGAGCUCCUCCGUCCACUCCGUCCCGCCCUCCAACCGGCAGAACCGCAGCAGCAAAACCCGGGAAGGCCGGGAAAAGCAGAAUGCAACAAGGAUGAAUAGAAUGGGUCCAGAAAAGAAAUGGUUUACAGAUGAAGCGGACAACGCCUACCCACGGAACAUUCAGAUCAAGCCCAUGAGCACCCACAUGGCCAACCAAGUCAACCAGUACAAAUCCACCAGUAGUCUGAUCCCACCAAUCAGAGAAGUCGAAGAUGAAUGCUGAAGCCUCUUUAGUUUUAUUUUUGUUCCAGUUAUGACGCUGACAUGACUCGGCGCUGUUUUUUUUUUUUUUCACGAUCACCGCCGGAGGAUUGAACAGGUCGGGACCGCCUAUGUGUAUACCUUUAAUGUUACUUCCACGCUCUUUGGACAUUGUUUUAUUUAUUGAUGUAUCCACAGAGAUGUACAUAAUGACAAUCAAAUACGCAUUGUACAGCCCCACCCCCCCCUCCUUAGCACUUUUUGGAAUUAUUAUUUUACGAUUGGACAACGAUAAGGAUGAGGAGACGAAGAAAAAAAAACAAACAAGAAGACAAAAGUGAGUACUUCCUGUUAUGCUUUGCAAUAGUUUGUGACCAGACUCCACUGCGGCUACGAGGAGGAUGAGGGUCGCAUCGUCAGGACCCAAAGAUCCUAGCGGACUCUUCCAAGCAGCUGGGCUCGUUUUGUUUCUCCAUCCCGUGUUCUUCUGUUCUAUUUGCACUAAAAACAAGUUUCAGAGCCCAACCAAGGAACUGUGGGAUUGAAGACGAGAACGGGUUCCUAACUGGUUUUGUAAGAUCCGAUCAUCAUUCAUCUACAUCCAUUCAUACAGCGAUCGGCUAGUCUGGCCUUAGCUGGGAAGAUGUUUCGUCCGCGCUCAAACCCAACCGUGUUUGACGGAGCAGCAGCAGAGAUUCGCUAAAAGAAAUGCCACAUAUCGCGUAAAAGCGGGCAUUAAGCGGGUCCUCCUUUAAGCUCAGCAGCCUGCCUGGCGCCGGUUGGCACGGAGGCUUGGAUGUUCUCCGUCGUCAAUCCAGAUGUCAAAAUAAUAAUAAUAAUAAUAAUAAUAAUAAUUCAUCAACAAAGACUCUCAGGAGUCCAGCUGCUGUGAAACGCUUCAAACAAGGUUGGGUGGAGAUGCGACAGUACGAACGCCUGCAGGGUUUCGUUUUGUCCCAGCUAGUGGUUCGCAACGUUCCCUCAGAGGAGACAUUGUAGGACGACGAAAAAUAUUUUUUGGGGGAGAAACUUGUUUACUCAUACACCAUCCUGUCAUCAGUCCAUGUUUGAAAAACUCUGGUCCAAAGAUCUUUGCACACGGCUACGACUCUUGCGGAUCACCUAGAUCAGACAUUUUAUGUUUUUUUAACCAAAUACGGCCUCAAAAAUAUCAAAUCACAACAAGUUCCACCAUUUUUGUACCUCGGCGUACCGUGACGGUUGACGGCUUGUACUCAGCUAUGGGCUAUAAGUGACUUCAACAAUCGUUGUUAUUGAUUUCAUUUGAAUUCAUUUUCAGCGGAUCUUGACCGUGUACGAGUAUUUUUAUACAUAAAUCCCUUAAAUAUCAUAAAUAUCUUGAGAAUCAGGAGCUGGGGAACCAGUUUUCCCAGCCAUGUACAGCCAUGCCGCCAGACAAACGAGAUGGUACGCAUCAGCUUCUUGUCAGGGUUUCCCCAAACUUAAAGUCGCCAUUUGCAAUAGAAACGUCAGAGAAAAGUUUGUCGUCAUAAGUUUUUGUCCGUUGUUGGUUUAUGUACCGGUUAUGUCGAUGUCCUCGGUUGAACAAGUUUGGGAAACCCGACUAUCUGCGUCCACACAAGAUUGUUUUCUGAACAAGUUUAGCUAGCCAUCUUCAGCCCGGCAGCUCGCCUCCGUCAAAUCGAAGCUUCGCAGGACAAAAUAAGCUAGCACCGACUGCUUGAAAGAGUUCUAUACAUCCAUAGAAAUAUCGCUGUAUACGUAAAUCUAGGAGUAACAGUAGAAGAUGGCUUCCUCCGACCUUAUCAUGCGUUUGACCUAAAUUAGGUCCUGAUGGCGCGAAGACGAAAGAAACGAGCGCACACGAUUGCAAAGUGUGGCUUUUGUGUGUGUGUGUUUUUUUUUUUAUCAAGAUGUUGAAGUGUCACUCAUCCUGUAGGCGAUAAUCAAAAAAAAACACGGGAAAAGAACCUGAUAUCGUACUAGAUAUUCACGUGACUCCAUGAAUUGGGGGGGUGGGGGGGGGGCAAACAAAGACAGGAAGUGUCCGUGUGCUGAAGCCUCAUGCACAUUUGUCCUGAAGUGAACUUUGACCUGUGAUUAUUCCAUCGUGGUCACACUUGUAGCUCAUGUAGAGUUAAAAGACAAAAAAACAAAAAUUGGAUCCUCGCUAGCCGGAAUAAUGUGAAUUUAAUUCACUAUUUCUUCAUGAACGUGACCCUCAGGGUGGCAAGGGUGCACGGCAGAGCCUCCAAAAUCAAACACCAUCCCUUCCUGGUUGACUUCCAGGUUGUCCUAAUUUCAAAACACAUCAGUCGGUGGCCAUCUUGGAACUUUUAUCAACUGAAAGGCUUCGAAACACUCAAAGAAGUUACGCAAGGUAGAAUAAAAGUAAAAUAAAGUCAAACUCCUCACCGCUUGUGAAGGUGUUUGCAAAGCAACAAGACGUUUGAGGAAGAAGAGGCUCCAAUGGUUAAAUGGAGUUUUCAACAACGACCACAACUUAUUCCCGACCUGGACUUCUUUCUGUCUAUGGAAGACCCCAAGCUUAUCAAAGGGGGUACAUGUCACACUUUAUGUUCCGGAAUAGCUACUAUUCAACUUCAGAUCAAGUUGAUCUCUUUUUUAAUGCAACUGGAGUUCACAGAACGAUUUAUUGCACAAUAUAAUUUCCCCCAUUUGGGGGUCCCUAAACCCCCAAAAUAAACAAUUAAUUCUACCUUGUGCUAGUUAAGUAACUGUAUUGCUCUUAAUGCAGUGCUUCUCUGGUUAUCGUCAUGCUUUCCCUGUUUGCCAUCACUGUUGGCGUUAGUAAAAAGUCAAAGAAAAAGCUAAACACACAUGGAGUUAAUGUUAAACAUGUCUGCUGGUUUUGUUUUUAUUUCAAAACAAAUCUAGACAUUCUUCCAUCAACACACUUUCGGUAGGUCCUGAGCUUAUGUGGGGGUGGGGGUUGCAUUGCAGUUCUACUUCCUGUUCUACGGUUAUCAUCACACUUUAUCGCAAAUUUAAAAAAAAUAUAUCUUUUUUGUUUUUGCUUGUAAUCCAAACUGUACGCCUUAGAUAUUAGACUUUUGGAGGUUUCGCCUUGCCCCGCCCGAGGGAGCGUCAGCGUGAAUUUGAUUGGAAGGGUAGCAGCACCACUUCAGUUCACCAUUGGAGAGAAAAUCCUUUCAUGUUCUUAGUUUUUCUAAUGUUCAUCCAGAGUUGACAACAUUCCAUUUUGUGAGCUUUGUCACAAACUGUGUCUCUUUUUUGUUUACAGACUAAUAAUUCAUCGAAGGUCCUUAAAGGUGGAAAGAAAAUAAUAACACUGAAAAUGACACCAUACAAAUGAAUGCGAUGUUAGAAUUUGUUUUUGUUGUCGUCUCUCCUUGUCAUGUGACUUUAAGUUUUUGCAUCGUAUACCUCCGCGCGUUGAGUUCGUUUUUUUGAAGUGCCAUGAAGACUUGGAGUGCAGCAUCCUUCAGUCAUUCGGGGGACACCGGCAAACUUUUUUUCGGUUUCACCGUUUCCACUGUGACUCGAUGGACUUGCGCUGGCAUGGAGAACAUCCAAGCAGUCAGCGCCUCCAUGCCAGCGCCGCGCCAGGCAGCGCUGAAAAGGGGAGGACCCGCCUGCAGUCCCGCUAUUGCGACAAGUGGCGUUUCUCUUGGAAUGGUCCAAGACCCGCAUGACUGAAGGAUGGCAACGUUGGGCAGCACGUGACUGCACUUCAUGCGCUGUAAAGGAUGGAAAUCAUCAUUGAUGUGCUGAGAGUUGUAUUCGAGAUAUCAUAUAUAUAUAUUUAUAUUUAUAUAUUUAUAUAUAUAUAUAACACAAACAGAGACUGGAGUCUUAAUUCUAAUAAUAUCAAUAAUAAUAAGGCAUUUUCAGCUAGGGGGCGAUUCAGGCAUCACAUGAUCAUCACCCGCAGCAAAUCAGGAGCUUGUCUAUUUGCUUUUCUUUUUUUUUUUUGGGAUGUGUUCUAUAGAAGACAUGAUGGAUUAUUUUGAUGGUGCUGAGUUGAUCUACCUGACUCUGUCAAAUAUAAUCUGCUGAUAAAUAUUACUGUCUUGUACAAAAUGUUUGUACAUAGAUUGUACAUGGUUUCUUUUUGUAUUUUUCUCAAAUUAAAAAAAUGGAUGUAUUAGUGUUCUAA